AUGGCGGACGCAUCGAACGCCGCAAUUGCGGGGGACAGCGACCGCGACACGUCGACUGCCGCUGAUGCCACCCACAAGAAGACCCACAUAACGAACGAGCUCCACGGCGGCACCGACACAAGCGUGUCCAAAGGGGAGACGCUGGAUACGGAUAGCGCAGAGGAGGGGCUACGCGACGAUGCAGGUGCGAGGGACCAUAUGGCGGAGGCUCUUCCAGGUAAUGUGAAGCCACAAUACACUGAGAAUAAGCAGCACACAUAUGCUGACGAGGUGCAUGAACAAGGCUCAGCCGUUGAGGGCACGGAGGAUAGGCAGCACACCGAAGCCACUGAGGGGGCGCAGGACUAUAGCGAGAGUGUCGCUGAAGCAGAGGCGCGAAAUUCAGACGAUGAUGUGUCAGAUGAGCGGAGCACAUUGAGUAAGGAAGAGGAGGACGAGCGGGGCUCGGAAAAUAAUGAGGGAGAAGAAAGGGAGGAAGAGGGGGAUGAGGAAGCCCUAGCCGCUUAUGUAAGUAAAGAGAUGGGCUCCUACAAUAAUGAAGCAGAGGAACAAACUCAAUGCGUGGAGGAAAUCCAACCCGACUCCGAUGUCAUCGAAGAAGAACCGGCCCCCGCUGUUCGAGAAGCUGAGGGGCGCAAUGAGUCUGCGGAGGGAGAAGACGAUGGACCACAAGCCUCUGCUACCCCCGCGGAGGAGGCACACCUAAGCGAAGGAUUCAGCAAUUCAUCAUCCCCCGCUCACAAUAGCGGGGCGCAGGUACAUGCCAACGAUUCUGCCUCCAAGCCUGGUUUGGAUCCCCAAGACUCUGCGCUCGCCAUUCAUCACACCAUGCCAAAAGCUGUGUUGGAGCGUCUGCGUCUGUCACGCACGGGGCCUGCAUACAAGCCAAACCAAAAUGCACUUCGGGAAGAAGCCCACGUGAUGGAAGGGCGUGAGGAAAAAGAGUUGGCGGAUGGUGCACCCACAGCGUCUCUGCGAGAGGGUGCCACAGCGGCGCAGGAACCGCAUGUCGCUCGCCAAGUAUCACUGGAAGAACCAGAAGCAGUGCCUCUGGAUAAGGCCGAGGAGGCCCGACACCCGGUGGAGAAUGCCGAUGAAGCGGCAGCUGCAGCAGUGCCUCUGGAUAAGGCCGAGGAGGCCCNAGGAACCGCAUGUCGCUCGCCAAGUAUCACUGGAAGAACCAGAAGCGGCAGCUGCAGCAGUGCCUCUGGAUAA